AUGCCUCCUCGAGUUCCCACAGAAGAGGACUUUGCUCCUCUUUCAUCAACUCUUCCUCACACCCUUCACUUCCCCGAUCCUCCCGAAUCAACAACCACAUUCCUCAUUCUCUUCCAUGGCCUCGGCGACCAUGACGUCCCCUACGCAGGCUUCGCCAAAAACCUCAACCUCCCUGGCGUUCUUGGAAUCUCCGUCCGCGGCACAUCUGUUCUCCCCGCUGCGUUGAUGGGCACCGAUGUCCCCGGUUACCACUGGGGUGAUGAUCUCACUGUCGAUCCCAACACAGGAGAUAUCGCUGAUGACUCUGGCUUCGAGAAGGCACGCAAGUUGGUCAUGGAGAAGCUGAUCCAGGAGCUUCUUAUUGAGAAAUGUGGUUGGGAGAUGAGAGAUAUCAUGUUCUUUGGCUUUGGACAGGGUGGUUCGCUUGCGCUUGGUCUCGCAGCUGCUCUCGACACUACAUCUCGCGUUGAGGACGUCACAGAAGGAGAGAACACUACAGCACCGGGCAACAAGAAGUUCAAGGGCGUUGUAUCCCUCGGUGGCCCGUUGCCUCAGUCGAUGGUUUCUACCGUCACCAACCGUCGCAAGAGCCGCACAAGCGUGUUGGUGUGUCAACUACUGGAGGAAGACGCUGUCGACGCAGUAAAGCGAGAGUUUGACGAUGUCAAGGUUGUGCAGUGGAAGAGGCGCCAGAUGAGCAUGCCCAUCGACAGAGAUGAGGUUCUGCCUCUGAUGGAGUUCUUUGCGGAUAAGCUUAGGCCUGAAGAAUUUUAG